AUGGCAGAGCAAAAGUUCGGUAAUGAUAUUCCGGAAGUGGCGGUUGAAUUCGAUACUUCCGAUGUACCUUAUCCGGAUAAUAUGGAUGUCGCUAAUGAGGUCGUCGUGGAAACAUACUUCCAGCAACAGGCACAACUGGGAAAUUUGGUGAAUGCGAGCGAAGUAUCCACUGUCCAACCUUUGGCUCAUGAGGCUUACGCUAUUCCAGACGUCAGAGGUUACGAAGAACAGGAUAAUUCCAUUGUUGUCUUGGGUAACGCACUUCAGAAUGCUUUCCGUGAUGAGCAUCGAGAAAUGUUUGAAAUGAAGAGCCGGGAUGCUUACCGUGGUGAGCAGCGAGAAAUGUUUGAAAUGAAGAGUCCGGAUGCUUACCCUGAUGAGCAGCGAGAAAUGUUUGAGAUGAAGAGUCAGAAUGCUUAUCGUGGUGAGCAACGAGAAAUGUUUGAAGUGAAGAGCAAUCCGGAAGAUAGUGGUGUAUUUACCAUCACUACUACGCAUUCCGAAGAGAUUAAUGUCGAUGAAGUAGUGAUAACUACGAAUCCUGAACUGAUUCGUGCAGAUCCUAUAAUCGACGAGAAAAUCAUAAGUGGAAACGAGGAUAUGGAGAUAACGGAAGAAGUUUCGCUGGAACAGGAAGAUGAAUUUGAUCAAGCUUCGAUAGAAAUCAGUACGCCACCAGUAGUUAGUCACCAGACUGAAAUGAUGAGCAUCGGAAAACCAGAACAAAUCGGAGGUGUAUUAUUAUUUUCAAAUUAUUUUUAG